AGCAGACUGCAGUCAGUGGAAUCAGGCUUUGAACACGUUAUAUCGCCGAGGAGCGGACAAAUUACUUUUCUUACUAUCUUUCGCCAUUACUGAGGACUUCAUAAAGUCUCACUGUGUUGUAUAACGUUAUUACAGCGGUGACUUUUCGGAUUUUCCCUUUCUUUCUGGCUGUGGAGAACGUGUAAAAAUACAGCUAGUUUUCACAAUGGCGACAGCAGCAGUAUCUGCCAGUGCUGGCAGCGGCCCCAACCCCGGAUCUGGCGCUGAGUUAGUCCGAGGACAGGCCUUCGAUGUCGGCCCUCGCUACCACAAUCUCUCCUAUAUUGGCGAAGGCGCUUAUGGAAUGGUGUGCUCUGCGUAUUGCCGUGACAACAAGGUCCGCGUGGCGAUAAAGAAGAUCAGUCCGUUUGAGCACCAGACAUACUGCCAGAGGACUCUGAGAGAGAUUAAGAUCCUGCUGCGUUUCAAACAUGAGAACAUCAUCAGCAUCAACGACAUCAUCCGCAUGCCCUCCAUCCACCAGAUGAAGGACGUGUAUCUUUUACAGCAGGAACCUUAUUUAUCAUGGUGUCAUCCGCACCUAGUCAGACUUGGUUACACCAAGUCUAUUGAUAUCUGGUCUGUGGGCUGCAUCCUGGCUGAAAUGCUCUCCAAUCGACCCAUCUUCCCCGGGAAGCACUACCUGGACCAGCUCAACCACAUACUGGGUAUCCUAGGGUCUCCUUCCCAGGAGGAUCUGAACUGCAUCAUCAACAUCAAGGCCAGGAACUACCUGCUGUCUCUCCCGCUGCGCUGCAAGGUUCCCUGGAACCGCCUCUUCCCCAACGCUGACCCCAAAGCUCUGGACCUGCUGGACAAGAUGUUGACCUUUAACCCCCACAAGAGGAUCGAGGUGGAGGAGGCUCUGGCUCACCCUUACCUGGAGCAGUACUACGAUCCUACAGAUGAGCCUGUAGCCGAGGCUCCCUUCAAGUUUGACAUGGAGCUGGAUGAUCUCCCCAAAGAGACCCUGAAGGAGCUGAUCUUUGAAGAGACGGCACGCUUUAACACAGUCUGCAGGUCCUAACCUAUAGAACCAGAUCAGACUCUGGACUCUCCUCUCCUCGUUGUGUGCUCUGGUUCCUCCUGUCUUCAGCAAUGCCUGUAUACUCCCCCCCCGCCUUCCUCAGUCAGACCACCAUGCUCAGGAACGGGUUUCAGGAAUCAAUCUGUCCUUUCUCCCUCUAUCCCUCCCCUCUCUCCCUACGGGGUGAGGAGGGUCACAUGUUGGCUUACUGUUGAUCUUUCCUCUAUCCCCCCACCCACUCCUCACUGCCUACGGGGGACUAUUGGAAAGCACUAUAUUGGGAAUAGGGCUCUGGUCUAAAGUAGUGCACUAUAUAGGGAAUAGGGCUCUGGUCUAAAGUAGU